AUGUCAGCCGAUAGGAACGUUAGAUCACAGUAUCCUCAUCGUUGGGGGUCUUCUGGGUCGUCUGGGGAUCGUGAUGAUAAACAACAACAACAGUCCUCAAGUUAUCAAAGGCACAGACAAUUGUCAGGUGCUUCAUCAUCUUCAAACUAUCAUGUACCACAAUCAAAUAGAUCAUCAAGAGAUUCUUAUACCGGCAGUGGAACAGGUAGUGGGAGUUAUUAUGAUUACUCUUACAAAAGCAACCGUCCAUAUUACCAACCUCACAGUUAUCGUCAUCAAUCAAGACCAAAUAAGUCCAGUGACUCCUACGUGGGAUAUCAUAGGAACUCCAAAGGUUCUGAGAACCCAUCAUCUCUGUCUGAAAGAAUUGAUAGUUCAACUUCAAAUGGAUUCAAGUCAAAUAAACCUAAUGGGUUUGCAAGCGGUUAUGAUAGUUACUAUGAAAGAAGAAAUCAAAGAUAUAGUGGAAGUGCCGAGUAUAGAAGGAAUCCAGAAGAGAAAUCUGAUCAUUAUUACCCACAAAGAGACCGCAGAACAAGUCUCAUAUCAUCAAGCUCGUCAACCAAACCAAAUAGACUUCAGAAAUCUGAUGAACGCUCUGUUAGUCCACUGAAUUCAGAUCCAUAUAGCGAACCACCAAAGCUCACUGAAGGAUACCAAAGAAAAUCAAGACCUUCAUUGAUACCCAGUAACUUCAAAGAUGAUGAUAACCAAAAUGAUGAAGAAGAUGAUGACUAUGAACUAGAAUCAGCAUUAAAGCAUAUUCCAAAACCAGCUAUAAGGCAGGACACACAAGAUGAUAAAGAAACAAAAGAUGAGACUGAAUCAUCAAAAGAACCAUCUUCUGGAAUUCAAGAUAGAAUUUCUGAGAAAAUACCCUUGACAUUGGAACAUAAAGAAGAAUUGGAUGAACAAAAGGGGACUCUUACACGUCAAUCAUCUGAAGACUCAACAUAUGAACCAGAACAAUCUUUGAAAGAUGAUAAAGUUAUCAAAGAUGAAAAGAAACCAAGUGAUGUUAAUUUAGAUGACAAGAUGGAUGUUGACCAACCAACAAGAGACGAGGAAUCUGAUAAUUAUGAACCAGAAAUUGAUGUUGUUGAAACUGAGCAUGAGAAUUCUGAACCUUCACCAAUACCACAAGAGAAAGAGGAGCAUGAUGAAGUGCUGGAAGAUAAAUCUGAAGAGGAGCCAAAGCUGCCCAUUGAUGAAGAACAAGUCAAAGUUGAACCCAAGAAGAAGAAAAUCACCGAAGGAAAACUCAUUGUACCACUGGAGAAAAUUGAUGGGUGUAUUUUUCCAAUGUCAAAGACUCAGCUGAGAGUGUGGGAGUUGAAAAACAUCUCAAGAGAGGACAUUAUUGAGGUGAGUCCUUAUUUACUCAAGAGACCAAUUAAAAAUCUUGAAGAUUAUCCUUUUUACUCUAGAAAUUUGCUUGUACAUCAGCAAGGCUUUAAAUUAAAGCUAAUGGAGAAAUUAUCUGUUUUAAAAGGAUCUACGUUUGACCAUAAAAUAUCUUUAUGGAAUGAAUAUUCUCAAAGAAGUGAUGAUUGGAAUGAGAGAUGCGAUGAAAUGGAUGCACAGCUAAGAGAUUUAUAUCCAUCACAAGAGAUAGAAUCCGAAGAACAGUCCCAACAACCUGAACCUGAACCUGAACAUCAUCAAUCAUCUACAAGACGUGGUGGUCGUUAUCACGGUGAUACUGUUAGAUCCGAAGCUGAAUUUUUGGAAAUUUUGAAAAACUUGGAAAAAGAAAAAGAAUCUGAUCCAUUUUACAAAGCUGAGUUGUUAGCUGCCAAAAUCCCAGAUAUGAUAUUAAAUCCUGUUGAAAAAAAUUUAAAAAGAUUGGAUGUGAAUAAUUUGGUUUUAGAUAAAGAAGAAUGGGCAAAAAGAAUCAAUACUGAUGGUGUUGAUAAUUUCUCGAAACAUGAACAUGAGUUGUUUUGUGAAGCUUUUUUAUCAAAUCCAAAAAAGUUUGGACGUAUUUCAGCUGCUAUGGGUGGUUUAAGAACUCCUCAAGAAUGUGUCUUACAUUAUUAUAAGACUAAAAAAUUAUUGACAGAUUAUAAACAAUUGGUGGCUUCAAAGAAGAAAAAAUAUCGCAAAGGUAAAGGAAACCGUCGUAUUUCCAAAUCUAAGAAUGCUACUGCUACCAACACGUCUGCUCCAAACACUCCAAGUGUUGAAACUCCUGCUGAUAGUGGUGGUGAAGAAAAGGAAUUGGCUUUAGAAAAUUUUAUUCCAAAAGAAGUUGUUGCUGAGGAGUUUUACACAGAAACUGGUCGUCGUCGUCGUGCUGCAGCUCCAGUAUUUGAUUCAUCAAAAGGUGCAAAGAAUCCCAACGAACAAGAUAAUGUUGAUGGUGCAAAAGGAGAAGAUGAACGGAAACGUGCUUUGGAGAAUAAUUCGCCAAAUGAAACUCAAGAUGAAGAUGCAAAGAGUAAUGGUGCUAAACAUCCACCAAAGAAGAAAGCUAGAGGGCCAAAAUUAAAGAAGAAAGAGGAAGUAAAGAUUGAUAAUAUCACACCGCCUGCUAUUGAAACUGAAGAGGGAAGGAAUGGUGGUCGUGUUAUCACUAGUUAUUGGAGUGUUAGAGAUAUCAAUUAUUUUGCAACAUUGAUAGGUGAAUUUGGUACUCAAUGGGCUCUUAUUUCAGAAAGAAUGAAAACGAAAAGUACCACAAUGGUUCGUAAUUAUUAUUUGAAAAAUGCUGAUAGUCACGGAUGGAGAAGUAUUGCUGAAGCUGCUGACAAGAAGAAUGAAUCAUAUCCACAUUAUCCUCAAAACUUGGUGAAUAAUCCAUCAGAACCACAAGUUCUCAAAAGACCACCUCUUGGAGUUUUCAGCUCACAUGGUGACCUUCCAAGUAAUGUUAAUGUUUCAACUACUGUCAAACAUGAACCAUCUGCUUUACCAUCAGUUAAAAAUUUGGCUCCAUUUUCUCAAUCAGUUGUACCAUUACAACCAUUAUUCCAACCUCAAUCUCAACCUCAACCUCAGCCUCCACAGUCACAUUUGCCAUCCAUUGGGGGAUCGAAUAGCCGGUCUAAUCCAUUCUCCAUCACCAGUCUGUUGAAUCCUUCUGAAGAAUCUAAACCAUCACUCCCAAAUCCAAAUCCAAUACCAGAAACUUCAAAUAGGGGUUCCUUACUUCCAACAUUCAAUGAACAACGUGAUGUUUAUGCUUCUUAUAGAAACCCAGCUUCUAAUGGGAAUGGUGGCUCAAGUGUUUUAAGUAUUUUAAACAAAGAGGAACCAAAACCUUUUAAUCCAUUGAGUACACUUGUUGCUGUCGCUGCUGGUAAUAAUAAUUCUACUUGGAAUUCACCUUCUACAACUGGGCAAAAUCUACCAAAUCUUGGGGGAAACAAGUUUGAUUACAAUAGAGAUAAUCUUCCACAACCUUCAAUGUAUCAGUUCAAUGGUCCUUUUUCAGAUGGGAAUAAGUUUCAACAACCAGAGAAUCCAUCUUCUACUGCAGGAUUACCAUCUAAUUUCAGGAACAUUCUUCUUCCAAAUGCAGGUCAACCAGAUCAGAAUAACGGUAUGAGAAACGAUAACAAUAAUAAUAAUAAUGCUAGCUUUUUAUGA